AAGAGGAGAGCGAGGAUGGCGCGGGGAGGACGGAGCGUGUCUCGACCCGCGGCUCGGCCCGCGGCCGCGCCGGCGCCCGCCAGCCCGGCUCCAGCGGCCCCGGUCGCGGCGCCCGCGGCGCAGCCGGCGCAGCCCGGGCUGAUGGCGCAGAUGGCGAGCACGGCGGCCGGCGUGGCCGUGGGCUCCGCCGUGGGACACGUCGUGGGCAGCGCCAUCACCGGCGCCUUCAGCGGCGGCUCCUCCUCCGAACCGGCCAAGGCGGCGGCGCCCGCACAGCCCCCCAUGCAGCCGCAGUCGCCCUUCGGACCCUGCCACUAUGAGAUGAAGCAGUUCCUGGAAUGUGCCACCAACCAGCAAGACCUGACCUUGUGCGAGGGCUUCAACGAGGCUCUGAAGCAGUGCAAGUAUAACAACGGUGUUUCUUCUCUCCUGUGAAGAAUCUGCCCCCUUGUAGGGAAGAGGAUCAUAGAGCCCUGCUAUCCACGGGGAGCAGAAGGACAGACAGGGAGUGAGCUGGAGGGAGUAGACUGACCAGACAGGAGCAUUCUAGUGGUAAUUCACUUCUGAACUAGUAGGGAAGGAAAGGAACGAUUGGACCCAAGGGUCUUUAGAAUUCAGAUAGUGCUAUAUUUAUUACAGAGAAAUAAAGGAAUUUAUUUGGACCUAU